UGCAGCAAACCAAUAAAACUGGUCGCUUCGCAAAAAACUGAGAUCUGAGUUCGUUCUUUCGUCGUCUUACGGUGGAAGAGACGAAAUAUAGUGUUUUUUUUUUUUUUUCUCUAAACAAAAAUUAAAUUUCUUAACCGGAUUGGGAUUUGAAAGUUUGGAUUUUGAUCAGUGAGUUUGUUAUGGAAGGAGUUGGGGCACGGUUAGGUAGGUCCUCGACUCGGUACGGACCAGCUACGGUAUUCACCGGUCCGGUGAGGAAGUGGAAGAAGAAGUGGGUUCACGUCUCUCACUCCACUAAGAAAGACAAUAAUAGCUCCUCUGGUUCCGCCGCUGUAGCAGCUUCCGUCGUUAACGGUGGUUCGAAUUCUGACGGCAGUAAUGGAUCGCAUUUGUUGUUGUAUAAGUGGGCGCCAUUGUCUCAGAACGGUAACGGGAAUGAAGAUGGUAAAAGUGAGAGUAAUUCUCCGAGUGAAGAUACGGUGACGACGGCGGCAGAAGAUCCUCCCCGGCGUAGAUUCAAAUACGUUCCGAUUGCUGUGCUUGAGGAACAGAAGAAGGAGAUUACAGAAAUUGAGGAAGAUGAUAAGAUUGAGGAGGACGACAAGAUUGAAGAGGAUAAUAAGGUUGAGCAGGAAGAAAAGGUUGAUGAGGAAAAAACUGUAGAGGAGUCGAGCGAGAAGAAAACGGAAGUGGAGGAAAAGCCUGACAUCAAUGAUGUUCCGAUGGAAGAUAUUCAGGAUAAAGAAAAAAUAGUACAGGAUGAUGAAGAAAAAGUAGUGAGACAAGAUUUGAACGAAAGCACUGUGGAUUUAGGACUGAACUUAAAUGCAAAUGAUGCGGAUGCUGAAAACGCCCCGAAAGAGGACAAGCCAUUAGAAGAAUGAUAAACUGGGUGCAUCGGGUUUGGUUCCUCGCCCUCAACUCUCAAUAUCAUUAGGAAGAAAGACAUACAGAGAGAACAAAGCAGUCAUUAGAUAUGGACGCAGAUCCUUGAUUUGGUCUGUAACCCCAUGGCUUAUUCCUUUUGUUGUUAAUGGAAACGGCUCAUUGAUUCAGACUGAUCAUUCAAUUCAUAGGAAAUUUCUUGUCUUUUUGUCUGAAAUUUUAGUUUUGAUUCAACAUUCAGAACAUUUAAUUUCUCUGUGGAGUACUUAAUGAUUUACUUUCAAA